AUGACAGUAGACUCUUUUAUUUUGGCUCUACGACGUUUCUUUAGCAGGAGAGCAAUACCAAAAAUCAUUAUGUCGGACAAUGCCCUGACGUACAUCUCCACUGCCAAACUACUGAAGACAGAGAUCCUUGGGACAUACGGUAUUACAUGGAAGUUUAUCCCACAACAUGCCCCAUGGUACGGAGGCUGGUGGGAGAGGCUCAUUGGCGUUACUAAGACAUCCAUUAAGAAAGUACUCGGGAAAUCACUGGUGAGUUUGGAAGUUCUGCAAACUAUUGUUACAGAAGUAGAAUGUAUCGUCAAUGACCGCCCACUCACGCACAUUUCUACAGACCCCACUGAUGAGGAACCUCUUACCCCUUCCCAUCUGCUAUAUGGGCGCAGAAUUACCUCCCCUGUUUACCCAGACGACCAAGAAGCCACAGCAAACGACAUUUCCCACAAUUCUGCAGACAAACUUUACAGGUUUAAGUCUGCAACGAUUGAACACUUUUGGUCGAGAUGGAAGCAUGAAUAUCUCACAUCUUUGCGACAGUUUCAUAAGAUGUCUGGCAAUCAUGGCGAUACUCUUACGGUUGGAGACGUAGUGCAAAUACAUGACAAUAACCUUCCGAGAAAUCGCUGGUCCCUUGGCGUCAUAGAGGACGUUGUCACUGGUAGAGAUGGUCUUAUCCGAGCAGCCCGUAUCAGAUCCAGACGAGGUGUUACCAUGCGACCCAUUGCCAAGCUGUAUCCACUCGAGUUGAAAUAA